UCUCGCUCGCCCCGCCGCCCUCGUCUCUUCAGGAGCUCGCUGGAGCCCUCCGGCGUGCGGGGUCCUACUGGGAGGUGCCCUCCAGCCUAGUAAUGGGGGGCGGCGAGGCCCCGUAGGAGCGGCGCGGCGGCGCGGAGGGUGGCAGUGCCCCGGGACCCGGCGGUGGGCGCGCGCGGGCGGGUCCUCGCGCCGGCUCGGCCGCUGCAGCAGCUGCGAGCGCGCCACACCACCGAGCCUCCUGCAGCAAUGGCUCGUCCGUGAACCGCCAGCGGGCUCUGUGCCUUCCAGGAGAGCUUGCAUCCUUCCUUGGGUCUGCCCCACGGUCUUGGGUGAAAAUGGCUGUCUAGACUAAAAUGUGCCAGAAGGGACCAAGCGGUGGAUAUCGAGCCUGGUAAGCCCAACUCAGAAGCUCCGAGAGCUGGAGGAGGAGGAGGAGCUCGGCUCUGAAAAGUGCAGUCAUGAAUUCUGGAGUUGCCAUGAAAUAUGGAAACGACUCCUCGGCGGAGCUGAGCGAGCUCCACUUGGCAGCCCUGGCAUCACUCAAGGGAGAUAUAGUGGAGCUUAAUAAACGUCUGCAGCAAACAGAGCGGGAACGAGACCUUCUGGAAAAGAAAUUGGCCAAGGCACAGUGUGAGCAGUCCCACCUCAUGAGAGAACAUGAGGAUGUCCAGGAGCGAACAACGCUUCGGUAUGAGGAACGCAUCACGGAACUCCACAGCAUCAUUGCUGAGCUCAAUAAGAAGAUAGACCGUUUGCAAGGCACCACCAUCAGGGAGGAAGAUGAGUACUCAGAACUGCGAUCAGAACUUAGCCAGAGUCAGCACGAGGUCAAUGAAGACUCUCGAAGCAUGGACCAAGACCAGACUUCUGUCUCCAUUCCUGAAAACCAGUCUACCAUGGUCACUGCUGACAUGGAUAAUUGCAGUGACCUGAACUCGGAGCUACAGAGGGUGCUGACGGGGCUGGAGAAUGUGGUCUGCUGCAGGAAGAAGAGCAGCUGCGGCCUCUCUGUGGCCGAAGUGGACAGGCACAUCGAGCAGCUCACCACGGCCAGCGAGCACUGUGACUUGGCUAUCAAGACAGUCGAGGAGAUCGAGGGGGUACUUGGCCGGGACCUGUAUCCCAACCUGGCUGAAGAGCGGUCUCGUUGGGAGAAGGAGCUGGCUGGGCUGAGGGAAGAGAAUGAAAGUCUGACCGCCAUGCUGUGCAGCAAGGAGGAGGAGCUGAACAGGACCAAGGCCACCAUGAACGCCAUCCGGGAGGAGCGGGACCGGCUCCGGAGGCGGGUUCGAGAGCUUCAAACGCGACUACAGAGCGUGCAGGCCACAGGGCCCGCCAGCCCUGGCCGCCUCACUUCCACCAACCGCCCAGUUAACCCCAGCACCGGGGAGUUGAGCACGAGCAGCAGCAGCAAUGACAUUCCCAUUGCCAAGAUUGCGGAGAGGGUGAAGCUAUCGAAGACCAGGUCCGAGUCUUCAUCAUCUGAUCGGCCAGUCCUGGGAUCAGAAAUCAGCAGCAUAGGGGUAUCCAGCAGUGUGGCGGAACACCUGGCCCACUCUCUCCAGGACUGCUCCAACAUCCAGGAGAUCUUCCAAACGCUGUACUCACAUGGAUCUGCCAUCUCGGAAAGCAAAAUUAGAGAGUUUGAGGUGGAAACAGAACGGUUGAAUAGCCGCAUUGAACACCUCAAAUCCCAAAAUGACCUCCUGACCAUAACUCUGGAAGAAUGCAAGAGCAACGCUGAGCGGAUGAGCAUGCUGGUGGGGAAGUAUGAAUCCAAUGCCACUGCGCUGAGGCUGGCCUUGCAGUACAGCGAACAGUGCAUAGAAGCCUAUGAACUCCUCCUGGCACUGGCCGAGAGCGAGCAGAGCCUCAUCCUGGGGCAGUUCCGGGCAGCCGGCGUGGGGUCCUCCCCUGGAGACCAGUCAGGGGAUGACAACAUCACUCAGAUGCUCCAGCGCGCUCACGACUGCCGGAAAACAGCUGAGAAUGCCGCCAAGGCCCUGCUCAUGAAGCUGGAUGGCAGCUGCGGGGGCGCCUUUGCCGUGGCCGGCUGCAGUGCGCAGCCCUGGGAGAGCCUCUCUUCCAACAGCCACACCAGCACAACCAGCUCCACAGCCAGUAGCUGCGACACCGAGUUCACUAAGGAAGAUGAGCAAAGGCUGAAGGAUUACAUCCAGCAGCUCAAGAACGACAGGGCCGCGGUCAAGCUGACCAUGCUGGAGCUGGAGAGCAUCCACAUCGACCCCCUCAGCUACGACGUUAAGCCCCGGGGGGACAGCCAGCGGCUGGACCUGGAAAACGCAGUGCUAAUGCAGGAGCUGAUGGCCAUGAAGGAGGAGAUGGCCGAGCUGAAGGCCCAGCUCUACCUCCUGGAGAAGGAGAAGAAGGCCCUGGAGCUGAAGCUGAGCACGCGGGAGGCCCAGGAGCAGGCCUACCUGGUGCACAUCGAGCACCUCAAGUCCGAGGUGGAGGAGCAGAAGGAGCAGCGCAUGCGAUCCCUCAGUUCCACCAGCAGUGGUGGCAAAGACAAGCCCGGCAAGGAGUGUGCUGAUGCCGCCUCCCCAGCCCUGUCACUGGCUGAAAUAAGGACAUCAUGUAGCGACAGCGAUCUGGCUGCCGAGUUCGCCAAUGCCAUCCGUCGGGAAAAGAAGUUAAAGGCCAGAGUGCAAGAGCUGGUGAGCGCCUUGGAAAGACUCACCAAGAGCAGUGAAAUCCGACACCAGCAAUCAGCAGAGUUCGUGAAUGACCUAAAACGAGCCAACAGCAACCUGGUGGCUGCCUAUGAGAAAGCAAAGAAGAAGCAUCAAAACAAACUGAAGAAGUUGGAGUCUCAGAUGAUGGCCAUGGUGGAGAGACACGAGACCCAAGUGAGGAUGCUCAAGCAAAGAAUAGCUCUGCUGGAGGAGGAGAACUCAAGGCCACACACCAACGAAACUUCACUUUAAUCGGCCCUUGGGCACCAAAGCUCUUCCCGUGUAAGCUAAACUCUAGCAGGUCACCAGGGACAGAAGUGCCCCGGGAGGCAGAGCACCUGGUGGGAGUGUGACAAAAAGGAAGGUUGGCAGUUAGGUCAGCACCUACCCAGUGGAGUGCCAUGGACUCUGCCCCAGGGGCGAGUGGCCUGGUGACACCACACCAUGUAGACUGUAUGCAGGGGAUCCCGCCCCCCCCUUCCGGGCCCACGGACAGCUUGUAAAUACCUGCUCUGUGCGCCAUGCACAGUAGGCCUUGCUUCUGCUCUCAGCCCUGGCGGUCACUCUCCCACCUGUUCUGGAGCUUGUGCAUCAGUGGUGCCCUCAGCAUUUGUUUUACAAGACUGUCCAUUCUUUUCUUCUUUUUGGUAGAUAGCGACCUUAUCUCUGACAUCCCGUUUCUCCUCUUUCUUCUUCAGGGAUAAAUGCUGACAACACAUGGGAAUGGGGGAGGGGGUGUCUUCAGCCUCUAGAACUGAUUUGCUUAUUGCAACCAGGCUUUGGUGUUCAAGUCCCACGUACCAACCCUGAGAUGGGCAGUCCCUCAGAGGUGCUCGGCAAGCAAGGUAGAUUACAGGGUGGUGCAUAGGUGCAUGGGCUUUACUUCUGGUCCCCGAUAUAUUUGAAGAUACAGGUGGAGCAACCCCAGGGCUGUGCCGGACAGCUCUGUUUGGGAGAACGCACACUUCUUUCACCUCUCACUGUGGAGGCAGGGCUGGGAAGGGCACUUCUCUUUUGACUCUGGCAUUUUCCCUCCUAGUGGAGCCUUAUUAAAGCCAAGACUUAGAGCUGAGAUAGUCCUGUUAAUACAUAUUCCUGUUGCUACAUAGAGGUGGAACUAAAAUUUUACCAGGAGUUUCUUCAAGAGCAGAGGGACAUGGUUAGUACUUUCGUGCCCCCGCCCCCGCCACCCAGGGCACCACAUAAUUGCUGUUCUGCAUGAAUCAUAGCUCAUCCACAGGAGGAAAUACACAGCUCUGUACCUGAUUCUAUUUCUCUAAGGGCAACAGACAGGACAUGGAGGAGACUGAAUGUUUUGCAGGCUGAUCCACCUAUUGAAGAGAUUGCUACUGAACCACCAGUUCGACUUCGCUUCUGCUGUUAGGGCAGCAGGUGAAGGAAUGGUUGUUGAGACCUCCUCUUAGCCCCCCCAGAGAAAUGGUGGUUAGUAUACGGUACUUAGUACUUAAAACAGGUUAAAUCUCAAGAAAAAUGCUGACAGGGCUGGGUCAGGACCAAAGUACCUGAAUUCUUUCAGGAAGGCCUUCAUCGUACAUUCAUUAUUCCAUUUCUGAUCUUUCAGUUCUUCUGUAGUUACCCCACACGGACAGGUUUUCAAGGACCACUUGGCCUCUCAUCCUGUAGCACCUGAAGACCUCCCCAGUCUCCUGAGAACUGUGUCCCAAUGCUAUAGUUCACGAAGUUUUGUUUAUGAUCAGGUUACAUUAGGGCUCACCCAAUAUCCGUGAGCUAAAGGUCUGUUUUCAGACAACCAGAUACAAGUUCCUCAGGCCUUCUUUGCAAUGGCAAAAGCCACCUCCUCGGAGGGCAGAGCUGUUCUUUCCCAAAAGUGAUCCUCCUUUCUCAGGCCAGCAGUGAAGCUGCCCACUGUCAAACAAAAUGAAACACAUCGGUCUGGAGGGACCAGCUUUUGGCUGCUUUGAUCACUGUGAAAGUGCCGAUUGGCUCCUGUUCUGUUACAUUAUCUACCAUUUAGUCAAAGUUGGUUCUUGUGAUUUUUUUUAAAUCCAUUUUUAUACUUGUGAUAAAGUUUCAUUUUGUCCUAAGGAAAACGUUGUGGCUAAAAAUUUAUGUGCAAAAAAUGGGGGGGGGGGGAAGGUUCAAAGGCAAAAUGCUGGUUUUCUGCAUUUUUCCAGUUUGCUUCGGGGAAAUGGCCUCCCUUCAGCCAACUGGGAUGUCCAAGGUGGGAAACCACUCGUAGCUCUUUUGUGACUGAACAGGCAUCAAAACAGUUUUAAUUUCACCAACACUGAAAGGUAUAGCUGACACAGGAAUAAAAUCCUGUCUGCUGACCUCUGCCUGCCAUUCUUGGUCCAAGUUACAGGAGAACACACUCUUUUUAGGUGAGUCAUAUAGGGUCGUGUAACUCUUUCAGGUUCGGGAGGGCUCAGUUCCUCCAUCUAAAGCCCCAGUGUCACCCUGCCUGGUCUCCUUUUGAGUUUAUACUUCAACAUCAUACUUUUAAAUAUGUGGUGACUAGGUCAAAACUAUUUCCCCAGAAAACUGUUACUUUUAUAAAUGUGUGGAAUAAAAAAAGCAAUUAAAUAGCUGAUUUCCUUUCCUUGUAUUUUUCAAAUACUCCCUAAGACAAGAUCCUGACUGAAGGUGAACCAAGAGGCACUGGUUUAUGCUAACUGUGGGGCUCACUGAAAAUCACAUUGAUUAAAUGUAAAAACCUGCAGGUGACUGAAUACUUUAUAACCUGAGUUUUUCUUUCUAAAUAGAAGCUGUCUUAUUAACGUCUCCUUAAAAGGUAAACAGUGAAACAGUUAACUUGUGUGAGCUUUAAAGUCUUUAGACUUUCAUGGUUUUUGUUUUCCGGUUUCCUCAGUGGUUACUCCUUUUAGGCAGUCACCUUCUCUGUUCAGAGUUCAGUCUCUGGCUCUCAGAGAAACCGGCAUGGGAAGAAAGGAUCCAUCUCAAAGUUCCUUGGGGUGGAUUUCCCACUGCCAAAUUCAGACACAAAUCAGGCAAAAGAGACUUCAGUCUGUGGCUGGAGUGGCAUCGAUAUGUGGGCCCGCCAACUGAUCUGAUGUUCUGCCAAACCCCUCUGCACCAGCUGCCAGAACUUCGAUGGACUUGCAGGUGGGAAGAUUCCUUUUUGAGAUGUACCAGAAGUUAUUUAUGAUUAAGUCUUACGUGAUCAGACAGGUGAGAUUUCUCAUGCCCUUCCUCCCGCUCAUGCCCCAGCCCCAGAGGUACACACUAGAUGUUUCAUCAUUGCCAAUGCAGGUAAUUAACUGUUUCAUAUUCACUCUCAACUGUAAGCAUGUCAGGCUCCUGAAGCUCACAUCCAUGUCGCCUGAAACUGGAAUGUUAAGUUAAUAAAAAAUUAAGUGCCAGUUAAACAUAAUUGCUUAAUUCUCCUCUCCUUGGAGAUGCAUGCACCUGUUGCUAAGUCCUCCUCUAUGCCUGCAUCAAUACUUUUUACAGGGAUCUCGGAGAACUUGAACUAGAGCCUUGACAUUCUACUACUCCAGAAAGGCAGUCCCAAUUAGAGCCUAUGUGAUUUUUACUUAAAAAGUGUUAAAAGUAAGGAUUUUACUACUCUAAGACAAACUUGAAACUAUCUGAAAAUCUCCUAGUUCCCAACCCUGCAUACCAAACCAAUCAUGUUAUUUUAAAUGAGAAAAACACCCCACAGUUUUAGCUCAUCUGGACUGGACUCUGUCACUGGCAUGAAUUUAAGAACCUCCACAGUUCUCAUAUUUAAGUAAAGUAAUGAGAAGAGACAUCAGAACUACAGAAAAUGCCCAAAGCUUUUAUUAUGGAAAUCCUAAGGAUCCAUAAAACUUGAAGCCAUUUGCAAAUGCCUAGCUGGGAGGAAAGUGCAAAGAUCAUGUUCACUAAGUUUACAGCUGUACCUACAUUUCUAGAUGCAGCAGAGACCAAAACAGACAGACCUGAUAAGUCAAAUUUCUGCACUGAAUUUAACCAGGAUGCAGUCAGUCAUAGGGCUGCCACGGUGUUUUGGGAGGGAAGGGUGCAGAAGUAACUUUUUUGAGACUUUUUCUGAAAUGACCGCUUUGUAGAACAGUAUUUAAAAAAAAAAAAAAAAA